AUGUUUUUCACCAUACUAUGUGUUCCUUUCUAGAUGACACCACUAAUAAACCAGGCCUGUGAUGUCCUGCUGUGUAACUUGAAAGCCUAUGCAGAUUCUGGGAAAGCUUUUGAUAUCCAGAGGUGUUACAACUGCUUCACCUUGGAUGUCGUUGGUAGCGUAGCUUUUGGUACUGAGGUGGAUUCUCAGAAGAAUCCCAAUGACCCCUUUGUUAAGAAUUGCAGAACAUUCUUUGAAAUGUCUUUGUUUAAGCCUCUCCUCCUUCUAAUCCUUUCUUUCCCAUUCAUAAUGAUCCCAUUGCUCCGGAUUUUGCCAAGCAAGAAACAAAAGGAACUGAAUGGAUUUUUUAUCCAAACCAUAAAAAAUGCAAUUGUCUUCAGACACCAGCAAGAUGCAGCUGAGAGGCGCAGAGAUUUUCUCCAGUGGAUGCUCGACUCCCGUGACUCAGCUGACUCCCUGGCAGACGGGUGUUUUGAUGUGAUCAGUCCAUCUGCUGCUUCCAGACAGAACCAGGUGCCUCUUGCUGGCAGGGCCCCAUCUGAAAAGGUUCAGAAGAUGUUAACAGAGGAUGAGAUAGCAGGUCAAGCUUUCCUGUUCCUGAUCGCUGGGUACGAGACCACCACUAGCACACUGUCCUUUGCCACGUACUUGCUAGCCACCAACCCGGAGUGCCAGGAGAAGGUGCUUCAGGAGGUUGAUGAGUUCUCAGCAAAACACAUGGUCCCUGAUUAUCAAAAUGUACAAGAACUCCCUUAUCUGGACAUGGUGAUUGCAGAGACAUUGCGCAUGUACCCACCUGCAUUCAGGUUCACUCGGGAAGCAGCUAAAGACUGUGUAGUGCUGGGGCAGCGUAUUCCAGCUGGGGCUGUCAUUGAAACUGCAGUUGGACAUCUCCACCACAACCCUGAGUUCUGGCCAGAGCCUGAGAAGUUCAUUCCCGAGAGGUUUACAGAGGAGGCCAAGAAGGAACGACAUCCCUUUGCUUACCUGCCCUUUGGGGCAGGACCCCGAGGCUGCCUGGGCAUGAAAAUGGGUUUGCUGGAGACAAAAAUGACUCUGCUGAGGAUUUUGCAGAAGUUUCGAUUUAAGACUUGCCCAGAGACUGAGAUUCCUUUGCAGCUGAAAUCAAAAGCCACACUUGGACCAAAAAAUGGAGUCUACAUUAUGUUAGAAUCUCGCUAAAAGAAAAUGUACAUCCUGAAGCCUCCUGGAAUGGGACCCCUUGUUCACUGACUCACUGGGUAUAAUUAUUUUUCAAAACCCCAAAGACAGGCAGUCCCACUGAUGGUCAGUAGGUGCUGCCCCACUGCCCUCCUGUGGGAGAGCCUCCAGUCACUUUUUUAAAUGAGAUGUGGGCUCCAUAGUCUUUUUGGUCGUUUUCAAAUUGCUGUGAAUAGUAUCUGUAAAGAA